CAAAGCCGGCCAAGCUAACCUGAGCGGUGAAGAGAUCCCGUUGACAGCAUCCGUGAGCAUCCUGCAAGCAUUUUCAAGCGGUCCGCAGGCAGGUUGCCGAGUCGCCGAGCAACAAUUGCCUAUUCGGGGAUCGCCGGCGGUGGGGCUGGCAGUGUAUAACUACAACCCCCGCAGCGACCUUAGUUACAAAAUACCUCUUUCUCUUUCUCUUCCAUUCUCCUUACCAUACCUUUCAUUCACUUUUCAACCGACAAAAUGUUUGCGAAACGUGCCGUCCUUUUCAGCAUUCUUGCUACCGGAGUUGGACUCGCUCAAUCAAUCAGCCUCUCCGCCGGGUGCCAGUCGACACUAGCCAGUCUAGUUGUCUCUCCCAAUUCUGCCUGCUUGAAUCCGCAGGCUUUGGUGGGCAUUGUCACGGCGGACGAUAAUGCUUCUCUUGUCAAUCCGAUCGACAACUGGUUGUCUGGACAAUGUUCUCAGCCUCAAUGCACCAAUGAGACGCUUGCCAAUAUUGUUUCCACUGUUACUGCGGGCUGCCAGUCAGACUUGCAGUCCCUUGGAUUUGGCAAUCUCAGCGCAGAUGAGAUCACAAAUGUGGUUCAGAUGGCAUAUCCCACAGUUCGCAAAGUGGCUUGUCUGUCGAACCAAUCCAAUAAUACAUUGUGUGUCACCGAGACUCUCAACAACGUCCAGUCCUCCGUGGGCACCUUGAGCAAAACCGAACUGCAGUCUUUAGUUUCGCAAAUCAGCGGGGGACAGUUGCCUGAUAUUCCCUCCUCCACGCUCUGCACCGACUGCACCAAGGAGGGUUUCAACAUCGUGAAAACUGAUUUCCCUAGCCUUGUCACUUCCAACAUUGAAGGUGUGGUCACCAACGAGUGCAGUGCCGACUUCGUCGGUUCAUGGCUCCACUCCAUCGAACAUCGAGCAGACGGCUAACACUGCUACUGCCACGCCUGCAGGGAACGCCAGUGGUUCCACGAUGGCAUCUUUGCCCGUUGGCAUCGCCUUCUCGGCAAUUCUCACCCUAACAUCCGCAUUCGCACUCUUUGUUUAAUUUAUUUAGUGUAGGAACGGACCAUGCAUGGGACAUUAGCUGUGAUGUUCGAGAAUGUCAUUGUAUAUCUUAUUUUAACCAUAUUGCGAUGCUAGUGACUACGAGCAUUUUGAGUUGAGCGAGUCGUCAUUGUCCCC